CGACAGCCGGCCAGCUCCAAGACGCACAAUCUCUCCGCUGAACGAAUCCCAUUAGAAGAAGACAAAUCACCUUUGUGGGGACGACGCUCAACGUUAGCUGUUUUUACUCUUCGUACAAACAUCUUUCAUUCAGCCAUGAAGGCUAUUGCUUGUUUUCUUGUCGCUUUGGCGAUUUCCUCCGCGGCUGCACAGCAGCUGAAACCUACACAAGUCGAUCCUUGCCAGGCUAAAGGCAAAAUGGCGGCCGACGUCACCUAUUGCGACCGAUACUGGGAGUGUAUCGAUGGCGUCGCCGAGCAGUUCGACUGUCCCAAUGGCCUGGUUUUCGCCGGACGCUCUCGCGGUCUCCUCGAGAACUGUGACUACCCAUGGAGGGGUGAUUCCUGCGAGAACAAGCAGCUGGCCAACACUCCCAUCAGUGUAGGACCUUGCGACUGGAAGUACGGUAUCUUCGGACACGAAUCAUCUUGCAUCCGUUACUGGACCUGCUGGAACUCGACGGCCACCGAACAGUUCUGUAUCGGCGGUCUGCUCUACAACGAAGAGAAACACGCUUGCGAUUGGCCCGAGGCCGUUGAGGGAUGCCAGAAACAUCCUUUGUGCAAGGAUGAUGCCAAUGGCAACGUCCCACUAGGCAAGUCUUGCAACCGUUACUGGGCCUGCCAGGGUGGCUACCCUCGUCUUCAACGUUGCCCAGCCACGUUGGUCUUCGACAAGCGCUCCCUCCGCUGCACUAACCCACCGACCGAGGAUUGCGAGGCUCCCCCACCACCACCUCCAGAGGAUGACCCCAAUGCUCCGGCUGGUCCCGCCUUCGUCGAAGAGGAAGAACCCGCUGCUCCUGCACCUUUGGUUUAAUAAAAAACUGAAGUAAGCAAUCAAAAAUUAUAUACCAACUACACACAGAAAUUAAGAAAGAAAAAAAAGGAACGUACCAAAACCUCAUUUCAUCUUUGUAUUAAUCAUCUUGAUUUGUCCUCUUCUUUCUAUACUAUUUUAGAAUUUUAUCCUAUCUUCUUCUACUCUCUUUUAAAGCAAAAAAAACAGAAACACAUUGGUACGAUUUUAAAGCUCCGAAUGGCCUAUCAGCAACGAGCAACUCAAUUCCAUUUCGUUUGAUUCCAAACUUUUCCUCUUCAUUCCGCUACAUCCUCUUUCCCCUCUUCCAUUUUGUUGGCCGCGUUCAUUUGCGAAAAACAAAAAACCAAAAAUAUUUUUCAGUAAAAAAAAAUCCUUUCCGCAGAUUGAUUCUGCAGGAAUUCGUAAUAUGGAAAAUGGCAACUGGUCGUUAGCCCCAUCAUUUAUUUUUUCUUCUUCCAUCUUUCGCCCUGUUCAUUUUUCUUUUAUUUCUCUCAACAAAUUUUUACCAUGUCAUCAAUUGUUUAUCUGGUCAUUGAGCGUCAAGUUUACGUGAUCCAGGUCCUUUUGUUACAUCGUUUCUAUUCCCCACCUUUAAAAAAAAAGAAACAACUCAGUUGACCUACCCACACAGCCCAACUUUUCUUUCUCCUCUUAUUCCCAUUACCAAGCGCUCCGUUCACGAAGUUGCACGCGAAGUGAAAAACAGAUGAUCAGCGCGUGUACUUUAACGUAAGAAAAUAAGAGAAAAAAGACUGUACCAUUCUUUGCUGUUGUAAAUAAAAAGAAAACAAAUACAAGAAAUUCGAAAAAUU